CAUUGAAACAAACACUUUUAGCAGCACUAACGUUGCCCAAGCUGACUAUGGCCUGGAGCACUUGUUCUGUGCUAGGUCUACCGGAUGAACACGUGCUCUGCGGCCGUGGCCAGGAAAGCGGCCGAGGAGGUCACUCUCCAGACAGGAAUUAAGAGGUUUGUGGCAGGAGCGCUGGGUCCAACUAACAAGACACUCUCUGUGUCCCCAUCUGUGGAAAGACCAGAUUUCAGGAACAUCACUUUUGAUGAGCUCGUUGAGGCAUACAAAGAGCAGGCCCAAGGGCUCCUAGACGGUGGGGUCGAUAUCUUACUCGUUGAAACUAUUUUUGAUACUGCCAAUGCCAAGGCAGCCUUGUUUGCACUCCAGAACCUUUUUGAAGAGACCUAUGCUCCCCGGCCCAUCUUUAUUUCAGGAACAAUUGUCGAUAAAAGUGGGCGGACACUUUCUGGACAGACAGGGGAGGCGUUUGUCAUCAGUGUGUCGCACGCAGACCCACUCUGCAUUGGAUUAAAUUGUGCUCUGGGUGCAGCUGAAAUGAGACCUUUUAUUGAAACAAUUGGCAAAUGUACAACAGCCUAUGUUCUCUGCUAUCCCAAUGCAGGUCUUCCCAACACCUUUGGUGACUAUGAAGAAACGCCGAGCAUGAUGGCCGUGCACUUAAAGGGCUUUGCUAUGGAUGGCUUGAUCAAUAUCGUUGGUGGAUGCUGUGGUACGACACCAGAUCACAUCAGGGAAAUUGCUGAAGCUGUAAAAAACUAUAAGCCUCGAGUUCCACCUGCCACAGUGUUUGAAGGGCAUAUGUUAUUGUCCGGUCUAGAGCCCUUCAGGAUUGGACCCUACACCAACUUCGUUAACAUCGGAGAGCGCUGUAACGUGGCCGGAUCCCGCAACUUCGCUAAGCUCAUCAUGGCAGGAGACUAUGAAGCAGGCCUGAGUGUUGCCAAAGCGCAGGUGGAGAUGGGAGCCCAGGUGUUGGACAUCAACAUGGACGACGGCAUGCUGGAUGGUCCAAGUGCAAUGGCCCGGUUUUGCAAACUCAUUGCUUCCGAGCCUGACAUUGCCAAGGUGCCCCUGUGCAUUGACUCUUCCAACUUUGCUGUGAUCGAGGCCGGACUGAAGUGCUGCCAGGGUAAAUGCAUCGUCAACAGCAUCAGCCUGAAGGCAGGGGAGGCCGACUUCCUGGAGAAGGCCGGGCUGGUCAAGAAGUUCGGCGCCGCCGUGGUCGUCAUGGCCUUUGACGAAGAGGGACAGGCAACAGAAACAGACACCAAAAUCCAAGUGUGCACCCGGGCCUACCAUCUACUUGUGGGAAAACUGGGCUUUAAUCCAAAUGACAUCAUAUUUGACCCUAACAUCCUCACCAUCGGGACUGGGAUGGAAGAACACAGCUUGUAUGCUGUUAAUUUUAUCCAUGCAACCAAAGUCAUUAAACAAACGUUACCUGGAGCCAAAAUCAGUGGCGGUCUUUCCAACCUGUCCUUCUCCUUCCGAGGAAUGGACGCCAUCCGAGAAGCCAUGCACGGGGUUUUCCUGUACCACGCCAUCAAGUUUGGUAUGGACAUGGCGAUCGUGAAUGCAGGGAACCUCCCCGUGUACGACGACAUCCACAAGGAUCUCCUCCAGCUCUGCGAGGACCUCAUCUGGAACAAGGACCCCGAGGCCACCGAGAAGCUCCUGCGUUACGCCCAGACUCAUGGCAAAGGAGGGAAGAAGGUCGUGCAGACCGAUGAGUGGAGGAGUGGCCCCGUGGAAGAGCGCCUGGAGUAUGCCCUUGUGAAGGGCAUUGAAAAACAUAUUAUUGAGGAUACCGAGGAAGCCAGGUUAAACCAGGACAAAUACCCCCGCGCUCUGCAUAUAAUUGAAGGGCCUUUGAUGAACGGCAUGAAAGUUGUUGGUGAUCUUUUUGGAGCCGGAAAAAUGUUUCUGCCUCAGGUGAUAAAGUCAGCUCGGGUCAUGAAGAAGGCUGUUGGCCACCUUAUUCCCUUCAUGGAAAAAGAAAGAAAAGAAGCUCAAGUGCUUACUGGCUCAGUCGAAGAAGAGGAUCCUUACCAAGGCACCAUCGUGUUGGCCACCGUGAAAGGCGACGUGCAUGACAUCGGCAAGAAUAUCGUUGGAGUCGUUCUCGGCUGCAAUAACUUUAGAGUCAUUGACUUGGGAGUCAUGACUCCCUGUGAUAAGAUCCUGAAAGCGGCUCUUGACCACAAAGCAGAUAUAAUUGGCCUGUCAGGACUCAUCACUCCUUCUCUGGAUGAAAUGAUAUUUGUUGCCAAGGAGAUGGAGAGAUUAGCUAUAAAGAUCCCCUUGUUGAUUGGAGGGGCCACCACUUCUCGAACCCACACGGCGGUGAAGAUCGCACCCAGGUACAGCGCGCCCGUGAUCCACGUCCUGGACGCGUCCAAGAGCGUGGUGGUGUGUUCUCAGCUCUUAGAUGAGAAUCUGAAAGAUGAGUACUUUGAGGAGAUCACAGAAGAGUAUGAGGACAUUAGACAGGACCACUAUGAGUCUCUCAAGGAGAGAAGAUACUUAACCUUGAGUCAAGCCAGAAAGCACAGCUUCCAUAUUGACUGGCUGGCUGAGCCUCCCCCAGUGGAGCCCUCGUUUCUCGGGACGCGGGUCUUUGAGGACUACGACCUGCAGGCGCUGGUUGGCUACAUCGACUGGAAGCCUUUCUUUGACGUGUGGCAGCUCCGGGGCAAGUACCCGAACCGCGGCUUCCCCAAGAUAUUUGACGACAAGACUGUAGGUGAAGAGGCCAGAAGGCUCUAUGAUGAUGCCCAGAACAUGCUGAGAGCUCUGAUUGGGGAGAAGAAGCUGCGGGCCCGGGGCGUGGUGGGGUUCUGGCCCGCGCAGAGCGAGCAGGACGACAUUCACCUGUACCCCGCGGGCUCCGAGCCCCGGUCCUCGCAGCCCAUCGCCACCUUCUAUGGACUGAGGCAGCAGGCGGAGAAGGAUUCUGCCAGCACAGACCCGUACCUCUGCCUUGCGGACUUCAUCGCGCCGCUGCACUCGGGCCUCCGGGACUACCUGGGCCUGUUUGCUGUCGCCUGCUUCGGGGUGGAGGAGCUGAGCCGCGCCUACGAGGAGCAGGGUGACGACUAUAGCAGCAUCAUGGUCAAGGCGCUGGGGGACCGGCUGGCGGAGGCUUUUGCGGAGGAGCUCCACGAGAGGGUGCGCAGAGAGCUGUGGGCCUACUGUGGCAGCGAGCAGCUGGAUGUCGCCGACCUGCGAAAGCUGCGCUAUGGGGGCAUCCGCCCGGCGCCCGGCUACCCCAGCCAGCCUGACCACACCGAGAAGCUCACCAUGUGGAAGCUGGCCGACAUUGAGCAGUGCACAGGCAUUCGGUUAACAGAGUCGUUAGCGAUGGCUCCUGCUUCAGCCGUGUCCGGCCUCUACUUCUCCAAUUUGAAGUCCAAAUACUUUGCUGUGGGGAAGAUUUCCAAGGACCAGGUUGAGGAUUAUGCUCUGAGGAAGAACAUGUCUGUGGCCGAGGUGGAGAAAUGGCUUGGACCCAUUUUGGGAUAUGACACAGACUAACUUCCUGUUUUGUACCUUUUCUAUACUUGAUGAUCCUCAAGGAAAUAUAGCCCAGAGUGCCUUAAGGAAACAGCAACACACAGCCCACACACAUGGGCAACAUCUGCGCGGCUUUGUGUGCCGUAGUUCGGUGAACCCUGGAGGAGCAGCGUCUCCCCUGGUUCCUGGGAACAAGCUGCAGUGUCACCCUCAGCAGCAACCGGGGCGUAUGCUCGGGGAUGAGCUGGAGAUGGGAGCCUGUGCGUGUCACAGCAAGUCCACCUGCUGUUUUCAGUUUUACCUGGGACCUCGGAGGACACUCGGUGUUGUUUUUUCAUCUCAGAAAAAAGGCUGAGACUCCGUUGAAUAGAGCACAUUACCCUGUGGCAGAAUGGCGCUGUGAGCGGUGGGGCGUUUUAACCCAGUGGCUGCCACCGUGGACUCUGACAGGGAAGAGAGGAUAACUGCUCUUUCAUCUCCUAAAGGCGUAUUUAAAGGAUGGCAGACGUCCCUUUGGCAAAGGCACUCCGUAACUGCUGGCUUGUCAGGAAGACUCCAGCUGUAUGUGUUCGUGUGGUCAAAUACAGUCAUGCUCUCUAAGCAUUUUGUCCA